GCGAGAGGGGGGGUGAAGGAACGGGGCGUGGUCAGCCUAAAACGUGGGGCGGGGCUAGGCCGGGGCGACGCGGGGCGGGCCGAGCGGUUGCUAUGGGUUCGCUUCCGGCGCUGGCAGGCGGAAGUGGCUGGAACCUGGUGGCUGAUGCUGCUGUUGCUGAGGCGGCUCUGGAGCCAAGGGGGAAUUGAAAGGAGACGAGGAUGGCACGCCUUACCCACCUCCCGGAUAUGAGACUAGCUGGCUGGCAUCUGGUGGGACUUUAGGAGAUGGGACGCCGGGGCUUUGGUUUGUCCCUGAAACUGGUGGUGCGCCAACUUGUUCCUGGGGAGUGAGAGCUCACCAGGAGACACGGAUGAGCAGAGAGCCGCCGGACGGUAACAGCAAUGAGGCGACGCGACCUGUGGGCUAUCUGCAGCAGCGCUGAUCGGAAGCGGUGAAAACCAGACUCUUGUGUAUGCUGCCGCCCUCCUCCCCAGAGACCCGAGGGGCUGUAAUGGCUUGAUUUCCUAGGAGUCUUGAAGGACACUUGAGGAGAGACGGGGAGUUAUCUCAAGGAUUGGAGAGACCAGUACAGAACUUGCCCGCUCCUUUCAGUGGGGGAAGCUUGGCGUGUGUUUAUUAGUUUUGAACCGGGAUAGAGGGAGCUGUGUGGCCCAUUCAGGAGGUGGAGAGGCUCUUUCCUGCUGUUCCUCCUGCAUUGAGUCCUCGAGUUAGGUCCUGAAAGGGGGAGGGGGGAGCCCAGAGACCCCCCUCCCCCAGGAGAGAACCAGCGGCCAGGAGUCCAUCAGCAACACUGAGCCGACACCAAUCAGCCUACAUGGGAGGGCCACGUUUCCUGGUACUGCUGAGGGGAGUGAAACCAGCUGAGCCAGCGAGAACUGUGCCGAAACUGCCGUGCGUUAAAACUUCAACAGGACACGGCUCGGUAUGUUGCUGUCCCCUCUGCUCUGUACCAUUGCCCAGAGCGGAUCUGUCUGCUGUUUCUCCCCCCAUCCCGCCCCCCCACUGCAGCUGGAAAUCAGAUACCAGCAGAGAGAGAGAGAAGCGAUUAGAGAGGGAAGGGGAACAAAGAAACUUUUUAGAGGGAUCUAAAGCACUCAUGAUCUUCUAUAAGCUGUACAUAAUCUGUGAUCAGGUCCAUGGCUGUGGAGUGACGCCUGAGGGAUCGAGAGCGCACGCGAGCGGGGGGGGCCUCUGCCUGUGAAGGAUGCUGAAGAAGAGCAGCCUGGUCCUCUGGGGCGUGGUGCUGUUUGUGGCCUGGAACGCCCUGCUCCUUUUCUUCCUGUGGACCCGGCCCCCGGCCUUCGACGACCAUAGCCACUUGACCGAGGAGGUCAUCCGGCUGGCCCAGGACGCUGAGCUGGAGCUGGAGCACCAGAAGGACCUGCUGCGGCAGAUCCACCGGUACAGCGCCCUCUGGAGCAAGAAGAGGAAGAAGGUGGAGGAGGCGGGUCGGCUCCCGCCGCCCGCUGCCGCCUCCAACGCUGGGGCUUUGCCCGCCACGGAGGCCGUCCCGCACCGGCCCCGGGCCUCCCCAGACGCGGUCCUGCCUGUGGUGGUGAUCGCCUGUGACCGCAGCACGGUGCGCCGGUGUCUCGACAAGCUGCUGCACUACCGGCCGUCCCGGGAGCGCUUCCCCAUCAUUGUGAGCCAGGACUGCGGGCACGAGGAGACGGCGCGGGUCAUCGCCUCCUAUGGCGAGGCGGUGAUGCACAUCAAGCAGCCGGACCUGAGCGACAUCUCGGUGCCCACGGACCACCGCAAGUUCCAGGGCUACUACAAGAUCGCCCGGCACUACCGCUGGGCCCUGAGCCAGGUUUUCCGCACCUUCCAGUACCAGGCGGCCAUUGUGGUAGAGGACGACCUGGAAGUGGCUCCAGAUUUCUUCGAGUACUUCCAGGCGGCCUUCCCGCUCCUGUUGGCCGACCCCAGCCUCUGGUGCAUCUCAGCCUGGAAUGAUAACGGCAAGGAGCAGAUGGUGGAGGCUGGCCGGCCGGAGCUGCUCUACCGUACGGACUUCUUCCCCGGCCUGGGCUGGCUGCUGCUGUCAGAGCUGUGGGACGAGCUGGAGCCCAAGUGGCCCAGGGCCUUCUGGGACGAUUGGAUGAGGCAGCCGGAGCAGCGGCGCAGCCGCUCCUGCAUUAGGCCCGAGGUCUCCCGCACCAUGACCUUCGGCCGCAAGGGCGUGAGCCAUGGGCAGUUCUUCGACCAAUACCUGAAGUUCAUCAAGCUCAACGACCGCUUCGUGCCUUUCACCCAGCUGGACCUCUCCUACCUCAAGAAGGAGGAGUACGAGCGCUCAUUCCUGCCCAAGGUCUACGGCGCCCCUGAGCUGCGGGUGGAGGAGCUGCAGGGCAACCAGCGCCGGGAACUGGGCACCGUCCGCGUGCAGUACAGCAGCCGCGACUCCUUCAAGGCCUUUGCCAAGGCCCUGGGUGUUAUGGAUGAUCUCAAGUCAGGGGUGCCCCGCGCUGGCUACCGCGGCAUCGUCAGCUUUCUCUACCGUGGCCGGCGGGUCUACCUGGCUCCCCCUUCUGACUGGACGGGCUAUGACCCCAGUUGGAGUUAGCACUGUCUCUCCCCGGACAUUGACCCUUGAGCAUGUUGGACCCAUAAAGAUCAUGGAGCGGGUGGGUGGGGCGUGUGUGUGUGUGUGUGUGUGUGUGUGUGGGACUCAGACCUUGUAUUUUUGUUUUCUGAGUGGCAUUCGAGUGCAUUCGGGGGAGGGGCAGUGUGUGUGUGUGUUUGUGCACUUAAUACUGGGGUUGAGGGGCUGGAUUAUUGUGAUGCCCCGAUGUGGGGGGCAGGGGACUGGGAUGGGGCAUGCUGAGGCUUUCUUCACUGCCCUUCCCCUCCAUCCCCCCCAGUGCCUAUCCCCUUUCUGACAUUGUGAUCUCCCCUCUACCGCGUCCCUGGUGGUUUCUCCAUGGUAGGUGAGUGGGGUCAGAGCCAAUGCUGAACCGAACUGACCGAUCAGUGGCUACUUUCCCAGCCUCUGUGAGCUGCGGGGGGAAGAAUGGAGAGAGGACAGUGACCACGUCAGCCUGGGAGGGACUAAUGGAGAUGCCAGGACCUGCUUAGGACCUUUGGCAGUUCCCACCUCGCCAUCCUUAGUUGGGGGCAGAGUGGGAGGGGGCAGGGGUCACCUCUGGCUAUAGCUGGGAGGGAGCGUUGGAGAUGACGUGGUGCCCUUGAUGGUCCUCAAGAGCCCAUCAUUCGCUGUAGGGGAGCUGGCCAGGGGCAGGGAUCUUUAUGUCCAUGAUGACCUCUUUGGUGUCUCCAUGGGACCAUCUCUAGCAAGGCUCAAGCAUCAGAACUUUCUUGCCCUUUGACCUGCUCAGUGGUCUCCGAGCAGCCCUCUGGGUCUGGGAGGUGUGAGGAGUUGUCCUGGCUUCUCUCUAUCCAGCAACGUUACGUCCCCACAACGUUCCUCUGCUUGCAGUGGGCAUUCCACCACGGUGGUCCCUUCCCUUUGUCCUUCAUCGCUGCUUUUCUACACUGUGCGCGGAAGAAGUUUGUUACGGAGCCGGGGCUCUGCAAUCUGGCUUGUGUUACUCUCCCUGGUGAGGAAGGGAGAGACCCGAGCUUGCGGCCUGCCUUAAUCCUCAGUGGGGGCCUCCAUCUUUUCCUGGGUUGAAGUUUGGUUCAAAGUUGGCUCAGUCCCUGCCGGAUGGUGGCUGAUUCCCCUGCUGCCAUGGUCAUGGUGGUCAUGAUUCCCCCGCUACAUAGUUGAUAUAGCAAUGGGGAGAGACAUGAGAUAUCACCAUGAAGGAAAACCACAGGGGUGGUGGGAUACAAGAGAAGGGGCUCUCUGACAAUGAGCCCUGCCUUAUCUGUGGGGGUAGACCCCCCUCUCCAGUCUCUUACGAGGUGCUGCUGAGCUGUUCUAGAGCCAGUUUGGGGAGGGAGAGUUACAGUUCAGACCUUAUUUGGCCAAAAUGUAGACCACACCAAAGGGUAACUUUUCCCCCACUAUAUUAUUUUGCUGUAUUGUUCUGUUUUUGUUUUAAAUCCCCUUAUCUUCCCCCGUCUGGAGGUGAGCCAGGGGAGGAGGGAAACCAAACCGCCCAUUGGCAUUCUACAUCACCCAUGAAAUUGCUUGGUGCCCUAGGGCAAGUUUGGCAAAGGAUGGGUGGGCGCAGAAGCUUCCCUGCGAUCCAGUCCCCGUUGGUGAGGUCAGGCAGAGAGGAGCUCCCGUGUAAACAGCCAAGAAGGAGAUGGUUGUUCCAAGAGUGUAUUAAAGGGUCUGAAAAUGUCCUGUCUCCAAAACGCCCCUUCCCUCCCAGCUCUGGUAAGCAAUAUCCAGAGCGCUGGAGGCUUCCUCAGAGUAAGGGUGCUUCAGUGUGUGUGUGUGUAACUUUCCUCCCUUCCUUGGGCCAGGAUGGGGAGAAUCUAUCGGAAGGAAGAAUCUCUGGGAGAGGGAGGUCCAUUUGUAGGCGGGAACUUCAGUGGGAUCCAGGCAGCUCUUCGGGGAGCCAUCCAGGUUGGCCCUGCCAUUCUCCUGGGCAGGAAUUGGGAGCUGGGCAGGCUCUUCCAUCACACCCUGCCUGCGGCAAAAGUCCAACCCUGUUCCGUUUGCUCUGGGCUGUGCCGCCCUCACCACACGUGGCUCCAAGGUAGGGCUUUCUGCCCCAUGCUGCCAAAAGGCCUUAGACUCUGGUUGACUUCAAGGUGAGGAAGUCGAUCCAGCAAAACGAAGCCCGACUACGUUGUGGCUGAUGGAGUUCUCCUUGUGAGCCCCCCCUGUUCCUGGCCGAAGCAGUGUGAGGUUCUGGUGGAGGGAGUUUUUCCUCUGUGGGUUUGCAAGAGAGGAGUAGAUACGACCACCUGUGGUGCUCUUACCCUCUUGGAGAGGAUCCCAUACUCUGUCCCCUACCCCCAAACACUGAGGGUGCCUGGGAAGCCAGCUGCUCUGUUCAGCCUCAGAUGGAGCGGGGUCUGCACUGAGGGGAGUUGGGAUUGAAGCCCACCCUUUGUUCAAGGAGAUUGAUUGAAACCAGUUUCCUUUCCCGUAGUGGUUGCUCCCUCUACGACGGGGGUUGGGAUUAGUCCACGAUUACCCUCUCUGCCUGCUGUCCCCUUCCCUGGGGAGUGGGGUGGUGAGAGGUAGAACCACAUGCCUGGACCAGUCUUGAAGCCAUUCCCAGUGGAAGGGGAGGAAGGAAUUUUGAGCAGGGGGGCUGGGGGCAGGGAGGGAGAGAUGCUGUUUUUAUGUCCAAACGUCAUUCUGCGAAAGCAAACUUUAAGGUGCAGAAACUAUUUUCCAGAAUAAAAUAAAAGCCAGACCUUUUUCGGCUCGACACGUCAUUGCUCUCCACCCCCCUCACCUUGGAUUGAUCCUAGGGCGGCAUUUACUUGGACCUAGUUUUGAAUGGCCCAAGCAACAGCCCUUCUCUGGAAAGGACUGUCCCGUAGCACAUGCCUCUCUCUAUUGGUGGCAUGUUCUAAACACCCUCAACUCCAGCCACCCUCGCUUCAGAGCCUUGGGGUGAGACUGGCUCCCUCUCCAACCCGCAUCAGCUGGGGGAAGAGUAGGAGAGCCGUUAGCCUGCUGGUGUUUAAAUGCAAAGAUCAGGCAUGGGGAGACCCGUUGAGGGAGAGGCUGAAAUGAAUCUUGUCCCAACAGGGACCAAUGGCUCAUUGGUACUAAGUAGUUUGUCGUGGGCUAUUUGUUACCUUCGGUUGAUAAGUUGCCCCAUGUGCAGCCAUGACGGAGUCGUGGGGUGGGUUCUCUGGCUCCCGUAAUUACGCCAACAUGCCCGAAGAAGGGAAGGGUAUGUGACAAUGUCCACGUGUGAUAAUCAGUGGAGCCCAAACCCCUCAUGCUUUGCAAGGGGUCCAGUUGUGAAGUGAGAUAGAGACCAAGACCUGUCAUGUCUGAAGCAAGCCCCUUAUUUGGGGGAGCAUGCGAUGCUCCUCUAAUACAAAGGAGAUCCGGGCCCUCUCGGGGGAGAUCCUGUCCUAAAUGGCUUCCA